AUGAACAGCAGCGGCACAGGUUCGAAGCUAGCUCCUCCGGUCGCUCCUCCGGCCAAUCCUCUCCCGUGGAGGACGCGCCUCGCAGUCUCCGUCGUCUCCGCGCUCUCCGACCUCGGCCGCCGCCACGACGGUACGGUCAAUCGCCGCCUCCUCAGCUUCCUCGACCUCAAGUGCCCUGCCUCCACCACUCCGAUCCAAUCCGUCGUCUCCUCCGACGUCACCGUCGACGCCUCCCGCAACUUGUGGUUCCGCGUCUACGCUCCCGCCACAUCCGCCGCCGCCGCAGGCGGCGGCGGCCUCCCGGUCCUCGUCUUCUUCCACGGCGGCGGAUUCGCCUUCCUCAGCGCCGCCAGCGUCGGCUACGACCUAGUCUGCCGUCGAUUCGCGCGGAGCCUCCCCGCGAUCGUGGUCUCCGUGAACUACCGCCUCACGCCGGAGCAUCGAUUCCCCUGCCAGUACGACGACGGAUUCGACGUCCUCCGAUUCCUCGACGGCGACGCCGGGGCGUUGCCGGAGAACGCCGACAUCGGGAAGUGCUUCCUGGCCGGGGACAGCGCCGGGGCGAACAUAGCGCACCACGUCGCGGUUCGGGCGGGCGGGUCGGGUUUCCGGAGGCUCCGGGUCUUGGGGCAGGUAUCCAUACAGCCUUUCUUCGGAGGGGAAGAGAGGUCGGAAUCGGAGAUCCGAUUCCGCAGCAACUCGGUGCUGGUGUCGCUCGACCGGACCGAUUGGCUGUGGAAGGCGUUCCUGCCGGACGGGUCGACCCGGGACCACCACGCGGCGAACGUGACCGGGUCGGAUAUUUCCGGUAAGGAGUACCCGGAGACGGUGGUGAUCGUCGGCGGGCUGGACCCGCUGCAGGACUGGCAGCGGAGGUACUACGAGUGGCUGAAGCGGUCGGGGAAGGAAGCGACGCUGGUCGAGUACCCGAAUAUGAUCCACGCGUUCUACAUGUUCCCCGAGCUGCCGGAAUCCGCGGAGGUUUUCGCUCAGGUGAGGGAUUUCGUUGCCCGGAAGUCCGCCGGCUGA